AUGCCAGUCACAAAGGAAUCCAGCGAGCCCUAUCGAAUCCCCCUUUACCAGCUAGUGCUGUCUCAAGAUAUCAUCACCGACGACGUUCUCCACCAUAAAUGGGAAGGAAGCGGCACGGAGGAAGACCCAUACCUGGUUGACUGGCUUCAUGAAGAUGCGCGCGACCCGCAUCAAUUGCAAGACGGGCUUAAGUGGUCGAUCACACUUCUCCAAGCGGCCUCGUUUUUGUCAAUUACAUUUGCUUCAUCCUCUCUUUCAGCAGCCAAUCCCCAGAUCCAGGAACAAUUUGGUGCUAGCACCGAACUGAUCGUUGCCGACACUUCUCUCUUUGUUCUUGCCUUCGCUAUCGGGCCCGCUAUCUGGGCUCCGCUUUCCGAGCUAUUUGGUCGGCAGAUCAUCUAUUUCAUAACGUAUGCAUUAACAACGAUAUUCUCCGGAGCAACGAUUGCAAGUCCGAAUAUUGCAACUUUGCUAGUUUUACGGUUCUUCGCGGGCGCAUUUGGCUCUUCAGCAAUUUCUAAUGCCGGCGGUGUUGUUUCGGACAUGUACAAAGCUAGGGAUAGAGGGCUAGCGACUAUCGCCUUCAUUGGAGCUCCCUUCUUAGGUCCUAGUCUUGGUCCAAUUACCUGUGACUUUCUGGCAGUGUCAAAAGGGUGGAAGUGGGUUCAAGGGCUCACAACUAUCUUCUGUGGGGUGGUGUUUCUGCUUGGAAUCUGUUUUAUCCCAGAGACUUAUACCCCUGUCCUAUUAAAGAAACGCGCUGCCAAGCUCAGUAAGUUGACUUGA